AAAUCGAGCCGGGCAGUGAGUGGUGUCAAUCUAGCACACCAUCCUCGGCCCAAAUUCAAGAGGAGAACGAGAUGGACGCUGUCACUCAUGGUUUUGAGAAAGAGGUGAACGGCGACGUGGCGCCCUUGAACAUACGAAUUCCAACGGAAAUGAUACCUUGCAACGAGGAUCCGAAAUAUCUGGAAGCCCUUCUGCUACUUACCUGGUGCCUACUUCUGCACAGGGGCAGUGUCGAUAAACAGAACGAGGAUUGUGCAGUUUUCUGGGGAUCCUUUCCAGCCUCAUUGUCAUCAGAAUCGCGACCACAGUAUGAGAAGGCAGUGAAGCUACACGAGAUAAUCCUAAACGACAAACACAGUGUGGCAUCCCUCCUAAAACACAUCAAAGUCCUUAUCACGGGUUCACAAUCAGACUCUAGCUCACGGCGUGAAGAUUAUGUCAUGUCCUUUUCGACCCGAGAAUCUUCAACCUCAGGAGCUUUUGGGUUGAAUAUCAGACAGGAAUCCAACUUUUUGUACAUUAGUGAGCCUCAAUGGGCAACACUUCUUUCCUCGUCAAUGGCACAGUUCCAGAUACGGGCGUAUGCAGAUAUUCUACAGUCUGUUCUAAAUAAUCGACAGCUACUGAUUUCAGAUGUCACUGAUACUCUUGGUGAAAGAGAGUUGACGAGCCUUUGGCAAUGGAACGCCGUCGUGCCACCAGCCAUCAGUCAGUGCAUGCACGACAUAAUCGGAGACAAAAUGGCAGAACACCCAGAAAAGACGGCGGUUACAUCUUGGGACGGCGAACUGACCUAUGGUCAACUGGACAGCAUAUCGUCGCAUCUCGCAGAGCGACUGAUCCAGUCUGGGGUGUGCCUAGGCACAGUUGUUCCUUUGUGCUUUGAAAAGUGCAUGUGGACAGUCGUAGCUCUGCUAGCCAUCAUGAGGGCUGGAGGUACAUUUGUUCUCACCGACCCGCAACAGCCUGAAAGCCGUCUUUGUACGAUAGUGUCUGAAGUUGAUGCUCAGAUCCUACUGACGUCUGAAAAACAAGCCACUUUGGGCGGUCGGAUUGCACAACAUGCUAAAAUUAUUAUUGUUGGCCCCGAAUUGCUCCAGACAGAUGACCAAAGAUGUUCUAUAUCUUUGGGAAAGGUUCCCGCAUCAACUAUGCUUUAUAUCAUCUUCACAUCUGGUAGCACGGGGAAGCCAAAGGGCGUUAUGAUAUCCCACGAGAAUUUCACCACAGGUGCAAUUCCAAGAGCAGCAGCAGUCGGGUAUAAACCUCACUCGAGGGUGCUUGACUUCCCAUCGUACGCAUUCGAUGUGAGUAUUGAUUGCAUGUUAUGUACAUUGGCAAACGGUGGCUGUAUAUGCGUUCCGUCAGAUGAACAACGAGUCAACGAUCUCAGUGGUGCUAUCCAAUCCAUGGAUGUUAAUAUGGCCCAUAUGACACCUUCCGUUGCCAGGGUAUUGUCCGUUGACGACCUGACGCGGCUGGAGGUCCUUGGAUUAGGCGGCGAGUCGCUCUCUUCUGCUGAUGCCGCCAUCUGGAGCAAGGUCACUAAGAUGAUUAUUGCCUAUGGCCCGUCGGAAUGUACAGUAGGAUGUACCAUCAACAACGAAAUCGAGGUGGCCUUGCCAUAUACGAGCAUCGGAAGAGGCGUCGGAGGCAUCACCUGGAUCGUGGAUCCUGACAACCAUGAUCUUCUAACCCCGAUCGGUGCAGUCGGAGAACUGCUCAUCGAGGGAUCGAUCGUUGGCUUGGGGUACUUGAAGGAUCCCGACAGGACUCGACAGGUUUUCAUUAAGGAUCCGAAAUGGUUGCUCUCUGGCUCUGGAAGCUUCCCUGGCAGGCAUGGACGCUUGUACAAGACAGGUGAUCUCGUCAAAUAUGAUCCUUCCGGAUCAGGGAAUUUGGUAUUUGUUGGCAGAAAAGAUCGGCAGGUCAAGGUUCGAGGGCAGCGAGUUGAGUUGUCAGAAGUUGAAUAUCAUCUUGGGAAAGUUCUUCCACAGGACGUCAGUAUCGCUGCUGAGGUGAUCACCCCGGGAGGGAAGGAUCGUGAGCCGGCUCUGGUGGCAUUCGUCUCCGAGCCAAAACAUAAACAAGUGACGAAAGGCGAUGACCCAGGAGAAACAGUCGGCUUUUCUAACGAAUUGCUUCGAUCUCUUUCCAAAAUUGACAAGUUUCUCGGUUCCGAGCUCCCUAUCUACAUGGUUCCCACGGCUUACAUUCCGCUGCGCAAUAUGCCACUAUUGGUAUCUUGUAAGGUUGACCGAAAAAGACUGCAGGAAAUUGGUUUGGCUUUGACACUGCAGGCAUUGGUAGGUCUCCGAACAAAGGUGACACAGACUACUGAACCUAGAACCGAGGCCGAGCUGGUACUGCGAAACAUCUGGAAUGAGCUACUAGCCACCGAGACGGAUGUUCGUAUCAACGACAAUUUCUUUGCACUAGGAGGCGAUUCACUCAAGGCAAUGAAGCUCGUUGCCGCGGCCCGGCUAAGUGGGCUGUCUCUGACUGUAGGUCAGAUCUUUGCAAAUCCUACCCUCGCACGUAUGGCAUCAACGGCUGAGCGAGUGAGCAAAGUCAUCGAACAAGAGCUGCCACAGUUUUCUCUACUUCCGCCAGACUGGCCGCAGCAAGACGCGAAGGAAGAGGCGGCAAAUCUGUGUAGGCUUAAAAGCCACGAUAUUGAAGACAUCUACCCUUGCACACCUCUCCAGGAAGGUCUCAUGGCUCUUUCCGCCAAGUUUGCAGACGCUUACAUUGCUCAACGAGUCGUUCAUCUGGCAGACCUGACGACCGCACAGCGCCUCAAAGCCGCGUUGGAAGCUACAACGCUGAUAUCCCCAAUACUACGCACUAGGAUCAUUCAAGUACCUCGCCGGGGGCUGGUGCAAGUAGUCGUAAGAGAUCAGUUGGGUUGGUCAUCGAGCAGUAACCUCCAAGAUUAUCUCUUGCGGGAUCGUGACUCACCAAUGGAACUCGGAGACCCGCUGACUCGCUUUGGACUAAUCACCGAGGGUGAUAACGGAGUGCACGUCGUUUUUACUAUCCACCACAGUUUGUAUGAUGGAUGGAUGAUGCCGUUGAUUAUAAACCGGGUCACCAAGGCUUAUCGGGGAUUGGAGGCGCCGACGUCAACUCCUUUCAAGAACUUUAUCAGAUAUCUUCUCGACAGAAACCACAACGAAUCGGAAGACUUUUGGACAGAGCAAUUGCGAGGAGCAACGGGACUACAGUUUCCUCUGAUACCACAUGUGAGCUACCAGGUCAAGGCAGACUCACUGCUCGAGCACCGAGUAGAGUUUCCGAGUCGUCCUGCUUCAAACACAACCAUCGCGACAGUCAUUCGUGCAGCAUGGGGCCUAGUGGCAGCAAGAUAUACUUCAUCAGAAGAUGUGGUAUUUGGGGAAACUCUAACUGGGCGAAACGCACCUGUUGCAGGCAUCUGGGAGAUAGAAGGGCCUCUCAUCACCACGGUACCUAUGAGGUUACGCCUGAAUCAAUCCAUGCUGGUGUCUGAAUACCUUCAAAGUGUUCAUGAGCAGGCUAUUCUGCGUAUCCCUCACGAGCAUAUGGGUCUCCAGAAUAUCCGCCGAUUGAAUCCCGACACUCUUCAGGCCUGCGAACUGCGGACUGGUCUCGUUCUUCAUCCGAGCACUGAUGAGGAGCAAGAAUCUUCUUGCGAGACUAAUGAUUGUCCUGCAAAUGGCUUUGUUCCCGUCAGUGACCGAGAGGCAGCUCAAGAAGCCUUGAAGUUCAACUCUUAUGCCCUGAUGCUCGUAUGUGCCCUGUACAAGAAUGGCUUGCUCAUCAUGGCUAGUUUUGACGCAAACACCAUCGAUGAAAGGCUCAUGCAAAAGAUACUCGAAGAAUUCGGACGUACCGUGCAGGAGCUCUGUGAUGGUACGGCCCAAAGGAUAUCUGACCUUUUCAUCAUGAAAGAUCCAAGCCCAAGAGAAGUACACCAUUUAUACCAAGGGAAUUUCGACUCUCUACCUUCCGAAUUGCAGCAGCUCAUUCAGGCUUCUCCGGAAGACAUCCGGAAUGUCUGGAUUGUGGACCCAGCAAAUCGUCAGAAACUUCUGCCUGUGGGUGCCGUAGGGGAAGUUCUCCUCGAGACUGUCAAGGAGCAGCAAUCCACUUUGAUUGACAAGCCGCAGUGGCUGUUUGAAAUGACCACAGAUGAGAAGUCCGUGGCUACCUACCUCCACGAAACGGGACAUUUGGGUAAGUACCAAAGUGAUGGCCAACUCAUCUUGCUGGGUCCAAAGGGGGCAAAUCCUAUCACGAACAGACCCAAUAAGACUCCGAAUGGUCUCCGAAAAGCCGAUUCACAACCAGAUAGGGGCCGAAUAGUCCUGCUCUCACAGAUCUGGAGCAGGAUUCUAAACAUGCGGGAAGAGACUAUAGGCCACGAAUCCGAUUUUUUCGCACUAGGAGGUGACUCCAUCGGAGCCAUGAAGCUUGUAUCAGAGGUAAGAAUGGAAAACAUGGAAUUAACAGUGGCACAAGUAUUUGAGUACAGGCAUCUCAGAGACAUGGCCCAUGUUCUGAGAGAAGUGACCAAGAGCGACUCUUGUUCAACAAAACCAGCCCCAUUCACGCUGCUUGACUGUAUCAGUUUUGAUGAGUUUAUCUCGGAGGUUAUCUUACCGUCCCUAGCUGAUCCGACAUCGAGAAUUGUGGAUGUUAUACCAUGCCGUCCAAUGCAAGAAAUUGCCGUGAGAGGGACAACUCAACUACCACGAUACUCGGCACGAUAUGAGCUCUUCUAUCUGGAUGAUACGGUUGACCGACACCGACUAUUCGAGAGCUGUCGAAAGCUUGUAUCUCGCAAUGAGAUACUCCGCACCAUCUUCACCUCACACCAGGACCGUUUUUAUGGGGUUGUCGUGGAAAAUUUGGACAUUCCUGUGGUUGAGUAUACCAUCGAUGGGGACUUGGAGGGCUUUGUGAAGAGACUAUGUGAUCUUGAUGUGCAAACUAAGAUGCCAGAAGGGGCUCCGUUCGUCAAGUUCUUCUUCGUCCAGGGUGAAGGCAAGCGAAGUUGUUUGAUCAUGAGGAUAUCACACGCUCAAUACGACGAGAUCUGCCUCCCUCAACUGUUACACCAACUAGUAGCCAUAUACGAAGGAAAGCCUAUCCCAGGGACAGUACCGUUCUCACAUUUCGUAUACCAUACUGUACGCGACAACAUUCCCGAAAGCAUUCCUUACUGGCAACAUCUUUUACAGGGGUCAUCAAUGACCACUUUGAGACCGAAUAUAGAAUUGUUAUCGAGAAGGGUGGCAACUAUAUCUACUACGAUCGAUCUAUCCAGUCGACUCAAGAGGAUUACUCCAGCAACCCUCCCAGCUGCCGCCUGGGCACUCUGUCUGGCGCGGCGGCUCUCCCUGCGAGACGUUACAUUCGGGGAGGUUGUCAGUGGACGCAAUGUGAACUUUCCAAAUUGUUACGAGGUCAUGGGACCUACGUGGCAGUACAUUCCGGUCCGUGUCAAAUUCGAUGAGACUUGGACAGGAUCGGACUUACUUGAAUAUGUUCAACAGCAACACAUCGAUACUUCUCGCUACGAAGGAAUCGGGUUCAGUGAAAUCAUCCGCGACUGUACAGACUGGCCGGAAACGGUCGAUUGGUUUGAUUCUGUAGUCCACCAAGACGUGGAGCACGUUGAAAACCUCUCAUUUCUUUCAACGAACAGUCGCAUGGAAACGUACUACCCUCAUCUCGAGCCUCUUCGAGAGUGGAAGAUACAGACUUUCUUUGGGGGUAACUCUGUCAAAGUGGAAAUCGUUACCUUCGAGGACUGGCUUGACUUUGGAACCUCAGUGUUGAAUGAACUGAGCGACUGUUUCAGACAGUUGGUGAAUCAGCCUGAUGUGGCGCUCCUCUAGUCAGAAGGAGAAAAAGCAAGACCUGGUAUGGUGGAAAUAGUACUGAAUUUGG